AUGAUGUCUCAACAGACGACGGUUCAUGUUCAACCGAAACCGCGCUUCAUCCCGGCCGUAGUUUGUAUCGCAGUUCAAGGGUUAAUCGUUUUCGGGUUGUGUAAGUAAGUUCUAACGCUUAUUUCGACCAUCUACAACCACCUUACAAUAUUGUGUUUUCAGUUUCAUGCGCAUAUUAUCUAAUCAUUCCUCAAUUGUCACCAAAAAUUAACGGGUUUAUUUGCGACGACCCCUCGUUGAAGUACACAUAUCACGACAACACGAUCGACAUAGCGGUUGUUCAUUGUUUCAGCUUCUUAAUUGUGCUAAUAGUAAGUUGAUUUUUUCAGUGAUAAAAAACGUAGCAUUUUGCAUCCGGGAAGUAGCAAAAAAUGUGGCAAAAUACCUCCUUCUCCGAGUGAAAAAACUGCGAUUUCAAAAUCGGAGUUUUUUUCACUCGGAGAGGGAGGCAUUUUGCUGCAUUUUUCGACACUUCCCGGAUACAGAAUUGUACGUUUUUUGUCACUGAAUCAAUUCUGUCACUGUAAUGUACCUUAUUUUAGGCGUUUCUAGUCGAAUGCGAGCCCCAUCGUUGUCUACGAACACGCAAAUUGACGACCGAUGAUUCAGAAGUGGCCCUGAAUCAUCGGAUCUUCCGCCUCUUACACACGGUCCUCGCGUUGGCGUUUGGCGCGGUCGGCAACUACCUUCUCUAUCAGGUGGUAAAGUUCAGCUUUGGGCGGCUUCGCCCCCAUUUCUUCGACGUCUGCCGACCCGACGUUAGCGCAUGUAGGCCUGGCGAUUACGUCGAAACGUAUAAGUGCAGCGGAACCAACAUGAAAGCGGUCCGCGACGCACAUUUAAGCUUCUACAGUGGUCAUGCGUCGACUGCGUUCUUCUAUGCGACCUUUGCGACAGCGUAUUUGCACAUGAGGGUGAUUCGAAGAACCGUGAACUGCUUGCCGUGGCUGUUCAUGUUUGGGUGCGCGUGGUUCGCGGGAGCAAUGUUUGUGGCGGGAAGUCGGGUCCAGGACAACAAACAUCAUUUUGUUGAUGUUGUCGUGGGCUCGGUGGUCGGCAUAGCGCUGGGACUUGGGUUGGUAAGUAAAAUACGGUGGAGCCUAUGUACUAUAAGUUUGUCGGAAAAAUAAUGAGCGUAAUGUCGCUGUAGUGAAAAUCAAUUUGAAUUUGCCGCGACACAAUUCAUUUUCUCGGCGACGAUGCGAUUUUAAAUGUGAUAGAAUGCUCAUUAUUUUCCCGACAGACUGAUAGGAAAACUAAUGAAUUUUUUGGGCCCUUCGUGUUUCAUUGUAUACAGGGACUUUAAUGCUAUGUUUCUUCUUACAUACAUUAUAAUGUAUACUUCCAGGUCCUCGGCUACGUCCGUCAGGCCGCUCACCGCUAUGCGCAACCAUCUACGACGUAUGUUGUGACCGCCGACGACACUCCAUGA